UUUGAUAUGCUUUCCUUAAGCCGAGGGUCUAUCGGAAACAACCUCUCUGCCUCCCAAGGUAGGGGUAAGGUCUGUGUACAUUCUACCCUCCAAAACCCCCAGUUGUGGGAUUACACUAGUAUGUUGUUGUAUUUUUUGCUUCGAUAUGCAGUUAUAACGAUUUUCUUAUAUUACCUAUGUAGUGUUGGCAUUGCUCGACGACAUUAUCAAGUUAGCUAGUGAAAGGAUGUCAGAGAUGACGAACGAGGAUGAACAUGAGCAUGAGGAUGAGGUCGAGCAUGAGCAUGAGGACGAGACUGAGGACGAGGGUGAUCAGACGAGAGAAACAAGUACUUCACCUGACACAUUUGAGAAGAAUUUUUCGGAGAUUUACUCGAGCAACAAUUCCUCCCUUUCGAGCUCUCCAACUUCAGUCCUCCCUGAGAUAAUAACCAAUUCCUCAAAGAAGAAUGGAAAGGCUUCUAUCACUUCCCCUCUUCUCCUAUCACUCAAGGUUCAAGCUGUUGGAAACCAGAACCCGAUUGAGGUAAGACGUCUCUCGUUCCACAUGAUCCCCAAUGCAAAUCAAGAUUCAGGCUAUUCAGUUCAGCUAGGAAGCGAUGUCGAUGAAAAAGGGUCAAAUACAGAAGCAAAUCAAGAUUGUGAAUUAAUGGACUUACCGGAGAUUCUACUGAAUAGCCUGGAGAAAGCAUCGGAAAAUGGUGGAAUAUUCUGGACCGGUGCAUCAAAUGGUCAAGCAGUCCCAGCUCGCGUUACAUUUGAUGUGCUCUUACCUCCAUAUUCAAUUUCUAGGUUGCAAUCAAAUGUAACAGAACAAUCAUCAGUACCACCUUCUCCAAACAUUUUAUCACCAAAGAUCAUAGAAUCGCAAGUACCAACAUCACCUCAGCCAGAACCUCAACCAGAUUCCUCGUGUGAGAACGAGGAGCCAGAACCAGCGUCACCACCAGCCCAUAUUACAUCAGGAAACACAGUAACACCUCCACCUCCACCUCCACCAUCUCCAAUUACAUCAAAAAAUAGAGCAGUGCCUUGUCCUCCGCCGCCACCUCCCAGGAAAUCAGAAAAUGUACAUUCACCUCCACCUCCGCCCCCACCUCCAUGUUCACCUCACAAAGGACUAAAGGGUAUGGUAACCCCACAUCCACUUCCACCAAAGGCAUCAAAUAGAGCAACGCCACCAACCCCUCCACCGACGCCAAUGGGAAAGGUAGCUGCACCUCCACCACCACCAAUGCCAAUGGGAAAGAGAGUUGCAAAUCCACCAUCGCCAAGAUCAGCACCACCUCCACCCAUGCAAACGAAAAAGGGAGGCGCACCUCCACCACCACCACCAACUUUCGCAGGUGCCAAAAAUCCACGACUGAAGAAAGCAGCCACUAAACUGAAAAGAUCAUCCCAAAUGGGAAAUCUUUAUCGAUCUCUUAAGGGGAAAGUUGAAGGAUCUAGUUUAGAUGGUAAACAAAAGGGAGGCAAGGGAAAAUUUAAUGCCUCAAAAGGAGGUAAACCAGGAAUGGCUGAUGCAUUGGCUGAGAUGACAAAGAGGUGAUCUUCCUGAAAUCUGAAAUACUCCCUCCGUUUCAAUUCGUUUGUCUGGUUAUGACUUGACACAGAGUUUGAGAAAGUAAUAAAGACUACUAAAAUGCUCUUUAAUCUGGCGGUCUUAAACAUGCCAUGAGGAAAGUUGAGAAUUAAAGAGUUGCUAAAAAAGGAAAAAGGUGUUCUUUUUGAAACAGACAGAAAAGGGAAGUAAGACAAACAAAUUGUAAUGAAAGAGUAAUUAUUUUGGUAGGAGGCAACUUAUUCUAUGAUGUUUAUAUUUUAUAUUUAUGAAUUAUAUCUCACAGGUCAGCAUAUUUCCAACAAAUUGAAGAGGAUGUUAAAAAUCAUGCAAAACUAAUCAAGGAGAUGAAGAAGGCCAUUGCUUCUUUCAAUACAUCAGAUAUGUCUGAGCUCAUUACAUUCCACAAUUAUGUCGAAUCCCACCUUGAGAAACUAACUGACGAAUCUCAGGUUCGUUCUAUAUUUCUUAUUUUUUGUCAUAAUUAACCAUUUCAGGAUGUUGGCUUAAAGAUUUUCUUGGUACAGGUCCUAGCAAGAUUUGAGGAUUUUCCUUGUAAGAAGUUGGAAGCGUUGAGGACGGCAGCAACUCUCUAUUCCAAAUUAGAUUCAAUAGUCUCUACUUUACAGAAUUGGCAACCGGCCUCGCCUGUUGGCCAACAUCUUGCCAGAGCUGAGAGGUACUUCAACAAGAUAAAAGGAGAUGUGGACACUCUAGAAAGGACUAAAGAUGAAGAAUCCAAGAAACUAAAAACACAUAAAAUUCAGUUUGAUUUUGGCGCCCUUGUACGUAUCAAAGAAUUGAUGGUGGAUGUUUCCUCAAACUGUAUGGAACUUGCACUGAAGGUAAGUACAAUCAAAAUCACUCUAAUACUAAAUCUUGUGAAUAAUUGAUACAAAGAUAUGAAUUCGAAAUGCAUUUAAGUAUAUCUCAAUGUGUGAAUUUAGAUAGAGUAGAUUUGUCACGAUGUGUUCAUACGAGCACUAAUGCACUAGAUCCCAUCAGAACUCCGAAAUUAAGCAUGCUUAGCCGAUAAGGUUUGAGAAUCUUCUCGAACAUCUCUAAACUCGUAUAGAUAAGUUUAUAUGGAAUGCAUAGAGCAUCAUUCAGAUCAACACUCUCUACAUUUGUUUACAUGGUAUUCACAUUAACCACCAUCGUAAUGGAUUUGGUUAACAAUUUUUUGAAAUAAUGUUGCAAUGUCGAAUCAGGAAAAGAGAGAAGCAAUGGCGGGGGGAAAAGAAGGAGCCGGACCAACAAAUGAAGGGAUCAAAAAAGAAUCAGCCACACAGCUUUGGAAGGCAUUCCAAUUUGCAUUCAGAGUCUAUACUUUUGCAGGUGGACAAGAUGAGAGAGCAGAAAAGUUAACGAAAGAAUUGGCUGAAGUAAUCGAGACAGACCUUCAUCAUUAGAUGUAUACUAGGUGGUGCCCAUUUUUUUCCCAAACGAAAAAAAAAGGAAACAAAGAAAGUCACUAUAUAGGCUGCAAUCGAGCAAUCAGCAUGUUGAUGCUAUUCCUGGCAAGCGCCUUGUACAUGCUUCAUAAGCUACAAUGUUCAUGCUUAUACCAGGAGAGAAUUGCUAGAUGAAAUACUGUUAUUUGUAUUAGACUGAGGGGAGAAAUUGAGCUAAACUCUAGCUUUAAUUUACCCUACCACUGUUCAUACAUACAAUAUAUAUCACACCUUAGUGACUGAUUUUGUAGCA